AUGAAGAUCAGUGAAAAGUUGCAGCAGGCGCACAAAAAGCUGCUGAACACGUCGAACCCCGAACCGACCAAGCCGACCUUCUCAUUCGAGUUCUUUGUGCCAAAAACAUCUCAGGGUGUGCAGAACUUGUACGAUAGAAUGGACCGCAUGUAUGACUUGAACCCCCAGUUCAUCGACAUCACCUGGAACGCGGGUGGCCGUCUCUCGACGUUGACCAAUGAGAUGGUAGCGACGGCGCAGCUGGUGCUCGGGCUCGAGACCUGUAUGCAUCUAACAUGUACAAACAUGCCGGUGAGCUUCAUCGACACGGCCCUACAGAGUGCAUACGAUGCUGGGUGCCAGAACAUUUUGGCGUUGCGCGGCGAUCCGCCAGUCGACGGAUCGGAAUCCACGGGAGAUUUCCAGUACGCGACCGAUUUGAUCAAACACAUCCGCAAACACUACGGCGACUAUUUCAAUAUCGGGGUGGCGGCGUAUCCCGAGGGCCACCCGGAAGACGAUGACGUCGACUUGCUUAUCACGUACCUCAAACAAAAGUACGACUGCGGUGCCAGUUUCAUUGUCACGCAAAUGUUCUACGACGUUGAGAAGUUUAUCGCCUGGUGCGCCAACGUCCGCGCUGCGGGAAUCGACAUUCCGAUCAUCCCCGGGAUUAUGCCGAUUUCCACCUGGGGCUCCUUCAUGAGACGCGCCAAAUGGUGCGAAAUUAACAUCCCGGAUUACUUCUUGGAGCAGUUGGAGCCGAUCCAGGAUGAUGAUCAGGCGGUUAGAGAGGUCGGGACCGAUCUUGUCGCCGAAAUGUGCAGAAAAAUGGUUGAUUCAGGGUACGUCAACCACUUGCACUUCUACACCAUGAACUUGGAAAAGGCCACCACCAUGGUGUUGGAAAAGCUCAAUCUUUUGGGGCCGCCAUCCUUGGAGUCCACGCCGCAGCCGGAGUCUGCCGUUUCCACGCCUUCUACCACGAACAAGCUUCCAUGGCGCAAGUCGCUUAACCCGAACAGAACCAACGAGACCAUCAGACCGAUCUUCUGGCAAAACCGCAAGCACUCCUACGUUAUCCGUACCGCCAACUGGGAUGAGUUUCCCAACGGGAGAUGGGGUGACUCGCGUUCCCCGGCUUUCGGUGACGUUGACUUCCACUCGGGCCAGACGCUUCUCCGCCAGACCUCUGCGAAGGCGUUGGAGAUGUGGGGCCUUCCACAGUCGCCAGCGGACCUCGCGGAGGUGUUUGUAGACUACUUGAACGGCGGAAUUCCUUCCUUCCCGUGGUCUGAUGGUGCCUUGUCGAACGAAAUCAACAUCAUUCGCCCGCAAUUGGUUGCGAUGAACCGCAAGGGUGUUUUUUCCGUAAACUCUCAGCCGUCUGUGAAUGGUGCGCCGUCCAACAACUCCAUCUUUGGGUGGGGUCCUGCCAAUGGGUUCGUCUACCAGAAACAGUACUUGGAAUUUUUCAUCCACAAGGAUCAUCUUGCGAGUGUGAUCGGUAAGAUUCGUGCUGCCAACGGGGAUGACGAAGACGCUGGCUUCAACGUCUUGACCUAUUACGCGGUUAAUGUCGAGGGCGAGUUGCAGACGAAUGCCAAGGAGGAUGAGAUCCACGCCGUCACCUGGGGGAUUUUCCCGGGUCAGGAAGUAGUCCAGCCGACUAUUGUGGAACAAACGUCGUUUUUGGCGUGGAAGGAUGAAGCAUUCCAGAUUGUGAACGAGUGGGCCAAUGCUUUAAAGUUGGAGAAAAGGAAGCAGUUGAAGAAGAUGGACAGCGAAACCGAGGGCGACGAGGCGGUCGAUCUAGACAGAUUUGACACCUCUGUCCAACUAUUGGACCAGUUCCAGAAAGACUACGUGUUGUGUAACGUAGUGGACCACGAUUUUGUGCACGGCAACGACCGUAUCUUCUCCUUGUUUUCCGACAUCCAAUAGGUAUUUCAAUUCUGCUGAGAAGCACAUUCCAUGUAUGAUUCUGUAUUUUUUUUUUAAAAAAAGUAAUAAAUGAUGAUAAAUGAUUGGGGAG